GCCGCUGUGACCGUGUUCCCUGUGGGACUUAAUUCGUAGUAGGACGGACGUUUGUUAUAAGGAAAACGUGUGAACGUGUGUGUAAUAUAUCUCGUGUUAUUGGAGUUUGGAGUCGUAGAAAUUCGUGUAAAUGCUAAAAUUAACUUGAUAAAUUACUUGUUUGAACAUAAAGAUCAAACCGGAAGUCAGUCUUCGAGUGUCGCUGGAAUAAUCCGGAAGAAACCAUGAAGAAGACACUCAAGAAGAGUGAAGAGGCGUCGCCGGAGCAACCGGCAGCUGACUACGUUGUAGGUCAGGUGUCAGGAAGUUUGUUCCCGAAGAAGUCUGCGGCCUCCGGAUCGCUGUCGGCUUUAUUCGGCACCUCUGCACCAGCAGCUCCUCUCCUGUUUAAGCCGGUACCAAAGCCUGUUCCGAAGAGCACAGAAGCAAAAGAGGAGCCGAAGGCAACUCCAGAGGUCAAAGGUCAACUAAGCAAGAAGAAGCAGAAGCAACUUAAGGACAAAUCAGAAGCCGACCAGAAGCUGGAAAACAGGGAGAUCAGUUUACUGUGCGCAGACGAGGACGAGCGAGGGCACGAGACGCCCGCGAAGAAGAAGAAGAGGAAAGCGGCCGAGCUGAGCGGAGAGAACGACGCGGAGCAGUGGGUGAUGAAGAGACAGAUGCUGAAAGCCAGAAAAGAGGAGGAGGUGACGAAGAGGAAGAGGACGGUGUUCGUGGGCAACCUGCCCGUCAGCUGCACCAGGAAGACCCUGCAGAGCCUCUUCAGGGAGAAAGGAUCCAUCGAGUCCAUGCGGUUUCGCUCUGUGGUCAGAGAGGAUCCCGCCAUGUCCCGCAAAGUAGCAGCGAUUCAACGUAAAGUUCAUCCCAAGAAGCAAAGCAUGAACGCCUACGUUGUGUUUAAAGAUGAGGACGGAGUCGCCAAGGCGUUGGAGAGGAACGGCAUGGAGAUCGAGACAGGCUUUCACAUCCGAGUGGACAGAGUGACGGACAACUCGUCACACGAUAACAAACGCUCCGUGUUUGUGGGGAAUCUUUCGUUCGAGAUCAAUGAGCUGUCGUUUCGGCAGCACUUUGAGGAUUGCGGCACGGUGGAGGCUGUACGGCUGGUGCGAGACCAGAACUCUGGACUUGGGAAAGGAUUCGGCUACGUCCUGUUUGAGAGCGCCGACUCGGUGCAGCUGGCAUUGGAACUGGACGACUCCAAACUGGAGGGCAGGACCAUCCGGGUGAAGAGGUCGGUGAAGAAGGAGAAGCAGAAGAAUAAAACUGACGGCAAAGGAACCGCAGGGAGGACCGGCAAGGGCCCCAUGAAGGGCGCCACGAGGGGGGGCCCGGAGAGAGGAGGCGGUCGGGGAGGUUUCAAGUCUCAAAAGAAAUUCUCUGGAAACCAGCAGCAGUCGACUAAAAGCUCGACCUCCUUCAAAGGGGAGAUGGUGGAUCCAAACACAAAGAUUAAAAAGAAAGGACUGAAGAAGAAGAAACCAAAGGCGAAAAAGUCUGUUCAUAUCUGACGUCUGUACGUUAAAGAAACGUGUGUGAGGAAACGCAGCAGUGAGCUCUAAUCACACAGGAAGUGCAAGAAGCAGCAGGUUCACAGAGUUCUGUCACUUCCACGUUCUUUCUUUUAAAGCAUCUCUGGUGUUUGUUUAUAGCAGACGGUUACUGUGGGAGCAGAUCUGUGAACACAGCGAGGGGGAAAUGUAUGUCAGCAGAAAUCAUCUUUUUCUGUAGUCAAAUGAUUGUUUUCUUUAGUAAGUAGCCGCCGUGCAUCAUCCUUUACAUAAAAACAUGCUGAAAACUAACCAAGUUGAAUCACAUUUCUCCAACAGACUAAAUAAAAUACAUCUUUUAUAACUUUU